AUGGCUGAUGACAACGUCUCAUUUACUGAUGCAGGAGAUCCAGCUCCAGCAGCUGGAGGAGCUAAUGGUGGAUCAUCUGCAAUGCUUGAUUUACUCGGAACUUUGAAUAAGAAGGAUGAAGAGAAGAAGAAGGCGAAAAAGGGAAAGAAAGAGAAGAAGUCGAAAUCAAAAUCGAAGACAAAGAAAGUGAGGAAAGCGGAUAAAUUCGAGUCACAAAACUUUUUGUAUCGUAUCGAAGGAACCAUUUUCUGUGCUGGAAUCAUUGUCGGAAUCGUGGUUCUUCUCGUAUUUAUCAUUGCUGCAAUCAUUUUCAGUGUAAUCACAAAUGGAAAUUUGGUUAGCUACAUGCAUCCAUUAUGGGGAGCAUCUGAUGAGAAUACUGAUUCUGGCGCACAAAACUAG